GUGUCGCCGUUGUGCCGCCGCAGCAGCAGUCCCCGCCGGUGUCAGCCCUUCGCCUGCUCGGCCUUCCGUCCCCUGACCCUGCGUCGGUUCCUCCCCGCCCGUCUCCUCCUCUUCCUGUCUACGGCCCUGUCUUCCCUCCGCCGGACUCGUCCCCGGCCCGUCUCCCCCCUCGUUCCCCUCCUGUGUCCCCUCCUCUGUCUCCUGACCCGACUCCUCCGUCGCACGUCUGGUCUCACCGUCCCUCCCGCGCUCGUCCUGCCUCGCCUGUCUUGCGCUCCCACCCUAUGUUGCUUCGUUCCCACGCGUCCCGUCCUCCCCUUCUCCCGUCGCCUCCUCCGUCCUCCCUUGUUGUUGCACCCCCCCCGCUGUCUGACUACCUUCAUGCCGCUCGUCCCCUUGUUCCUCGGUCCUUGCCUCUCUCGUUACCGACUCGUCUGUUCCGACCUCGGCAGCCUACACGAGCAGGUCUACCUGCGGCGCCCUCAGGGCUUCACUGGCACCUUCCCUCCUGGGACCCAGUGGCUCCUACGGCGCCCUGUCUACGGCCUGCGCCAGGCUCCCCGUGAGUGGCACGACACUCUCCGUGCUACGCUUGCUGACCUGCAGUUCUUUCCGUCUUCCGCAGACCCUUCACUCUUCGUUCGUGCUGGCCAGACUCUCAUCCUGGCUCGCUUUGUGGCCACAGGCAGACACCGACCGCAGCACUGGUCUGCCGCUAAGAGGGUUCUGCGGUAUCUUGCUAGUACAUCGGGCAUGGGGUUAUGGCUGGACUAGUUCUGCCGCCCUGCUCUUGUUCUUGCCUUGUUUGUACUCCUUCUGACUGGUCUCUCAGACCCUUGUCCCAGAGGUUGGACUAGUAGUGCCGCCCUGAGCUGUUUGUUUAGGGCAUUCCCCUAUGCAGUCUAGGGGGUGUGUCAAACAUGUGUAUUUGUCAUGUUUGUAUAGACUGUAUAGGGUCGCCUCUUAGAGAGUACAACACUUAGGUAUAUCUGUGUGUACUCUCACUCUAUCUAUCAUUCACUUCUCAAUUUUGAUAAGUGCGCCCAUAGCAGGCCUCAAAUUUGAAGGGUGUUUCACCUGAUUGCCCUUGCCAGCGGCCGCUUUUUCAGGAUCACCCUGAUUUUAACCCAACUUUAGAGUGAGACGAGUGAGUGGCGUUCAGAACUCAAAUGUUGAGGUGAGAUGGGUGUGUUGGGUUCAGAACCCAUCAGUAAAGGUGAGACCAGUGAGGGGUUUAGAACCCAAUUGUUGAGGUGAGACGGGUAAGUGGGGUACAGAACCCAACUGCAGAGGUGAGACGAGUGAGUGGAGUUCAAAACCCGACUGCAGAGGUGAGACGGGUGAGUGGGGUUUAGAACCCAACUGUAGAGUGAGGUGUGUGAGUGGGGUUCAGAUCCCAACUGCAGAGGUGAUAGAGGAGAGGUGAGACGGGUUCGUGGGGUUAAGAAGGCAUCUGAAGAGUUUAGAUAGGUUAGUGGGGUUCAGAAUCCAACUGCAGAGGUGAGACAGGUGAUUGGGGAUUAGAACCCAACAGUAGAGGUGAGACGACGGGUUAGUGGGGUUCAGAACCCAACUGCAGAGGUGAGAGGGGUGAGUGGGGUUGAGAACCCAACACGAGAGGUGAGACAGGUGAGUGGGGUAUAGAACCCAACAGUAGAGGUACGACAAGUUAGUGGGGUUCAGAACUCAACUGGAGAGGUGCAACGGGUGAGUGGGGAUCGGAACCCAACCGCAGAGGUGAGACAGGUGAGGGGUUCAGAAUCCAACUGCAGAAGUGACGCUUGUGAGUGGGGUUUAGAACUCAACACUAGAGGUGCGAUGGGUUAGUAGGUUUCUGAACCCAAGUGUUGGGGUUAAACAGGAGAGGUGAGACGGGUUCGUGGGGUUAAGAAGGCAUCUGAAGAGUUUAGAUAGGUUAGUGGGGUUCAGAAUCCAACUGCAGAGGUGAGACAGGUGAUUGGGGAUUAGAACCCAACAGUAGAGGUGAGACGACGGGUUAGUGGGGUUCAGAACCCAACUGCAGAGGUGAGAGGGGUGAGUGGGGUUGAGAACCCAACACGAGAGGUGAGACAGGUGAGUGGGGUAUAGAACCCAACAGUAGAGGUACGACAAGUUAGUGGGGUUCAGAACUCAACUGGAGAGGUGCAACGGAAUCCAACAGUAGAGGUGAGAUGGGUAAGUGGGGUUCAGGACCCAACAAUUGAGGUGAGACGGGUUAGUGGGGUUCAGAACCCAACUGUAGAGCUGAGACGGGCAAGUGGGGUUCAGAACCCAACAGAAGAGGUGAAACGGGUGAGUGGGGUUCAGGACCCAACUGGAGAGGUGAGACGGGUGUGUGAGGUUCAGAACCCAGCAGUAGAGGUGAGACGGGUUAGUGGGGUUCAGAACCCAACUGUAGAGCUGAGACGGAUGAGUGGGGCUCGGAACCCAACAAAAGAGAAUUUCCACCAACUUGCUGAAUUCCCUCUACCUUGCUUAAUCACCCCUUCCUUGCUUGAUCACCCCUAUCGGUCUGAAUUCCCACUACCUUGCUCAAUCAUUCAUACCUUGCUGCAUCCCACCUACCUUGCGGAAUCCCCCCUUCCUUGCUUAAUCACCCCUACCUUGAUUAAUCAUCCCAAAAUUGCACAAUUCCCAAGGUUUUGCUGAGUCUCCCCUACGUUGUUGAGUUUUCCCUAUCUUGCUGAAUCCCCCCUCCCUUGCUGAAUCACCCAUACCUUGCCUAAUCAACCCUACCUUGCUGAAUCUGCCCUUCCUUAUUGAAUCAACCCUACCUUGCUGA